AUAACAGUAGAAACAGGGCAGGGUCCAACACGGGCACAGUCUGCCGUCGGGAAACGAUUUCACAACUUGUUUUUGUGUUUCAUCUCAGACGCGGUGACGUUUUUGUUUUCCAAAAAAGGGAAGACAUUUCUCUGUGUGUCUCUCUCUGUGUGUGUCUGUGUGUGAAGCGCAGGGAGGAGUUUGACAGCGAAGCUGCGUGAAGUUUGAUGAAACUAUGCGAGCGCGUCGUGGAGAAGAAGAAGUGCGCGCGUGAAAUGUUCCGGUUCUUCGGCGCGCGCGACUCGGAGGUGUUUGGGUCGUGACUUCCAUCCAGCUGCGGCGCGCGCUCAUCUCAUAUCUCAUAUCUCAUCUGAUCUGAUCUCAUCUGAUCUGAUCUGAUCGCACGAUUCAGAUGCGCUUUCUCGUGCAGGGAAAAUGCAUGAUUGGGUUGCACGGAGGAUGUCGGAGCGCGAGCGGAAGACUUUGACGCACGCGGGGAUCGGGAUUUAAAAGUGUGACGACGACGACGACGACGAUGAUGAACUCGGAUCGGGAGGGAGGUGCGUGUGUGCCGGCACCGGAAUGUGCGCACAGAGGAAGCGCGUCGUGCCUUCACGCGGACGGCGACGGCACCUCGGUCCCUGCGGCCGGAGAUUUCUGGAACGCACCCGCGGGGACUGUGUGUGUGAGUGGGAGUGGGAGCUGCCCGGAUGGCGGUGGCGGGUGUAUCGGAGGAUCUUCGGGCUCUGGUGGCGCGUGCAAGAGCCGAGCCGCGAGUGUCGCAUACGUCCUGAACUCGGAGUCGGGGCCCGCAGAGAGCGCGGCCCUGCAGUGCCUGAAGGAUGCAUGCGACGCCGCAGGUUGCAGGCUGGACGUGGUCCAGUUCGGCAAGCUGGACUUCGGAGAGAUGGCUGUGCUGGACCAGUUCUACAACGCAGAUGUUGCCGUGGUGGAAAUGACAGACGCUUUCCGACAGCCGUCUCUCUUCUAUCACCUGGGAGUGAGGGAGAGUUUCAGCAUGGCCAACAACAUCAUCCUGUACUGUGACUCCAACUCCGACUCACUGCAGAACCUCCAGGAGGUCGUGUGCCAGAAAAACACUUCCUGUGUGGCGAACUACCUGUUUAUUCCGUACAUGGUGACUCCUCAGAAUAAGGUGUACUGCUGUGAGAGCAGCCUCAUGAAAGGCCUCAGUGAGCUGAUGCAGCCUGGUUUUGAGGCUCUGCUCGGUCCCAUCUGCAUGCCUCUGGUGGAUCGCCUGACCCAGCUUCUCACCAGCACACAGACCAGCUCCUGCCAGUACUUCCGGGAAACCAUUCUGAACGAGAUCCGCAAAGCACGUGAGCUGUACACGGGGGUGGAGCUUGCAGCAGAGUUGGGGCGGAUCCAGCAGCGAUUGGACAACGUUGAGUGUCUGUCAGCCGACAUCGUGAUCAACCUGCUGUUGUCAUACAGAGACAUACAGGAUUAUGAAUCCAUCGUGAAGCUGGUCGAGACUCUAGAAAAGCUUCCAACAUUUGACCCGAUUGCCAACCCUCAUGUGAAAUUCCACUAUGCCUUCGCUCUAAACAGGAGGAACCAGCCUGGGGACCGACAGCGAGCUCUGAACAUCAUGCUGCCACUGGUGGAAUCUGAAGAGCAAGUGGCCUCGGACAUUUACUGCUUGGUGGGACGCAUCUAUAAAGACAUGUUUCAGGACUCGCACUUCUCUGACACUCAAAGCCGAGACAGCAGCAUACAAUGGUUCAGGAAAGGGUUUGAAUCGGAGCCCACAUUGCACUCGGGUAUAAAUUACGCUGUGCUUUUGCUGGCCGCUGGUCACCAGUUUGACUCUUCCUUCGAGCUCCGUAAAGUGGGUGUCAAGUUGAGCAGUCUCCUGGGAAAGAAAGGCAGUCUGGAUAAGCUCCAGAGUUAUUGGGAUGUGGGCUUUUUCCUGGGCGCGAGCAUUCUAGCCUGUGACAACACCCGUGUUUUACAAGCCUCUGAGAAGCUCUUCAAACUUAAAGCACCUGUCUGGUACCUCUGCUCGGUGGUUGAAACCAUUCUGGUCUAUCAGCACUUUAAGAAACCUUCAACUGAGCCUCCAGGGCCUAAACAGGAACUAGUGGAUUUUUGGAUGGACUUCCUGGUAGAGGCGACCAAAAAGGAUGUAUCAUCUGUCCGUUUCCCUGUAUUGAUUCUGGAGCCCACUAAAGUCUACCAGCCGUCUUACCUGUCAAUCAACAAAGAUGUGGAACACAACACACUCUCCAUUUGGCAUGUGGCUCCUGAUGACAAAAAUAAGGGGAUCCAUGAGUGGAAUUUCAGUGCGGCGUCAGUGCGAGGCGUGAGCAUUUCCAAGUUUGAUGAACGCAGCUCCUUCCUCUAUGUAGUGAACAACUCUGAAGACUUCCAGAUCUACUUCUGCACAGAGAACCACUGCAAAAGGUUCUGUGAGCUGGUCAACAGUCUGACUGAAGAAACCUGGAAAUGUUCAGACGAGGUGGAGUGUGACUCUGAAACUUUAGAGUAUGACUAUGAAUACGACGAGCACGGCGAGAGGGUGAUUCUGGGUAAAGGCACAUUCGGCAUCGUCUAUGCAGGUCGUGACCUCAGUAACCAGGUGCGGCUGGCAAUCAAGGAGAUUCCCGAGCGGGACAGCAGGUAUUCUCAGCCUCUGCAUGAAGAGAUUGCGCUGCACAAGCACCUGAAGCAUAAAAACAUCGUGCAGUACUUGGGCUCCAUCAGUGAAGAUGGCUUCAUCAAGAUUUUUAUGGAGCAGGUGCCAGGAGGCAGCCUCUCGGCACUGCUGCGAUCCAAAUGGGGUCCACUGAAGAACAACGAGCCAACCAUUGGCUUCUACACCAAACAAAUCCUAGAGGGACUCAAAUACUUGCAUGAUAACCAGAUCGCCCACCGAGACAUCAAGGGAGACAACGUCCUGAUAAACACCUACAGUGGAGUUCUGAAGAUCUCCGAUUUUGGCACGUCAAAGCGCCUGGCUGGCAUCAACCCCUGCACCGAGACCUUCACUGGAACGUUACAGUACAUGGCUCCUGAGAUCAUAGACAAAGGCCCUCGUGGUUAUGGGAAACCAGCGGAUAUCUGGUCACUGGGCUGUACCAUUAUAGAGAUGGCCACAGGAAAACCACCUUUUUAUGAGCUGGGAGAACCACAGGCGGCCAUGUUUAAGGUGGGAAUGUUUAAGAUCCAUCCAGAAAUUCCAGACACCAUGUCAGCUGAGGCCAAGGCAUUCAUUUUGCACUGUUUCGAGCCGGACCCGGACCUGCGCGCUACAGCCAACGAGCUGCUCAUGCAUGAGUUCCUCACCGUCACGUCACGCAGGAAAAAAUCCAAGGGGAGCAACUUCACAGCUCUGACCCCAGCAACUGAAUAUGUGCGCAGUAUCUCCCUCCCUGUUCCGGUGGUGGUUGAGGAUACGAGCAGCAGCAGUGAAUAUGGCUCCGUCUCUCCAGACAACGAGCUGAGCGCCAACCCCUUCGUCUUCAAGCCCAGCACCAAGUGCCUUAGUGAGAGAGAGGUCAAAGGGCAUCGCUCACUCUUCCUCAGCAUCCCAGUGGAGCAGUUUGAGGACCACAGCGCUCCUCCGUCUCCAGAAGAGAAGGAUCCUGGCUUCUUUAUGCUGAGAAAGGACAGCGAGCGCAGGGCGACAUUGCACCACAUCCUCACCGAGGACAGAGACAAAAUAGUCACCAACCUGCAGGAAGCACUCACACAGGGUGCGGAGGAGACCAAGCUAAAGCAUGAGCAUAUUUCCACUCUGGUGGCCAGCCUGGGAGAUUUUGUACGAAUGGCUGACCGGAAGAUUAUUGCCAACACGUUGUCUCAGCUCAAACUGGAGUUGGACUUUGACAGCGUCGCUAUCAGCCAGCUGCAGGUGGUGCUGUUCAGUUUCCAGGACGCGAUGAACAAAGUGCUGCGGAAUCACAAUAUCAAACCUCACUGGAUGUUCGCGCUGGAUAACAUCAUCCGAAAAGCUGUACAGACCGCCAUCACCAUCCUGGUGCCAGAGCUCAGGCCACACUUCAGCUUGGCGUCGGAAAGCGACCCCGCUGACCAGGAAGACGUCGAUGAGGAUGCCAUCCAUCAUGGAAGCCUCACCAGUAAAAACAGAAGCCCGACCAUUGCCAACCAUGAUGACACGGUGGCCACGUCUGGAGUGAGCACGCUCAGUUCGACUGUCUCAGAGUCUCAAACUGCGCAGCGCUCUGUCAGCAUGGAACUCGGCCGCAUGAAGCUCGAGACCAACAGGUUGUUAGAAGAGUUGGUGGAGAGGGAACGAGAGUAUCAGUGUAUCCUGCAUCAGGUUUUGGAAGAGAGGGAGAAGGAGAUUAAACUACUGAAGAUUCGCUCUGAGCCCAUUGGUGUUGCUACUCCCUCGGUGAGUACUCAGAGUUCACUGGGAAGCGAAGGUGACCCUGAGCUGCUCAAAUGGCUCAGGCUCCACGGAGCUGAUGCAGACUCUAUAAACAGGAUUGUAGCAGAGGACUACACUCUGGAUGACCUCCUUCAUUACAUUACCAGAGAUGACCUGAAAAGUCUGAGAUUAAAGGGUGGGAUCCUGUGUAAGCUAUGGAAAGCUAUUACAGAAUAUCGAGAAAAACCUAGCUGAGAUGGUGACUUGCUACCUGUUCUACUGAUUUCUGGUCUGUUUACAGACCACAAUCCUGAGAACCUGCUCCAGAAAGUACACAUACAUCACGACUUGGGCACAUCUGUGCUGAACUAAAGGAUAAAUUUGGUCAACGUGGACAUUUAACGUCGCCCUUUAUGCACUGUCCAAUUUGAAAGCGACUCGAGUUUUCAUACCCAGUCGUAUUGGGUGUGGCCCAAACCAUGGCUCAUGACAUACAUAGAUUUGCUCAUCGCAGCCAUGAUAUAAACUUUUAUACUGAUGCAAGUUCUAGUAUCAGCUUGUACCAGAACAUUUUGGGGUGUUUGUUUCUGUUCACAUGUACAGUGUAUUACCUUCUUUCACUAUUUAAAAAUGAGAAGAUUGUGGAUUGAACGAACGUCUACACUGGUGAGGCUAGGACACAGGUUGGAGUUCUUCAUACAUGAAGAAUAUGAUUUGUUUCUUUGCUUGUUUAUGUUUACAAAAAGAAACUGAGACUGACUCUUGUCCUGGAAUACAGGCAGAAUCCUUCAUCCUUCACACACUUUCUAGCUUGCACUUAUAUUUUAAACAUUUAACUAAGUUUUUAAUCUUAACACUAUAUUUUUACUACUAUUAUUAUUGCCUAUUCAGAUUUUCCAUCUUUUUUUUUGGUUUUGUUUUUACUUUCCAUUGAGUAAGUGCUUGCUUUUGACUUGAUCUGCUUGGUUGAGCUUUUGUACUGGGUCCUGUAUUUAAGCACAACAAAAUGUGUUGCACCUUUGAGUCAAUUUCCAUAGAUAAUCCUUAAAAUUCUUUAAAAUUGUACUAUAUGAAAAUUGACAAAAAUAGGCAACCAUGGAACAAAGGUGGGCUUUUUUUUUUAAGUCAGAUUUCUGUAACUAGUGAAGGAUUUUUUGGUCAUAGCUUAUAUUUCUUAAUACAUACCUCCAACCAGUAAAUGUACAUUCUAUAAGAAUCAUGACUUUAUAAAGCUUUCCUCCAGUCAGUAAUACUUAGCUUUAAUAUAUUGACCAUUUUCAUUGAACACAGCUUUUUCUGUAUUUGAUAUUCGAUAUUUAACGUCAUUUUAGCUUAUUUAAUCAUGUUUAAAUAAAAAGAUUAUUUGUGUAUUGUUAAAAGACAAUCCUAAGAAUUAACUGUGAAAUUAAAGUGGGACUUGAAAAUCA